UCCUAGCUCAUGCUUGAGCGCGUCUAACCAAGGAGCAGCAGACCCUUGAACAGGAGUAGCUGCGUCGGAUGAAAAAUGCGUAGAAUUCAUAUGAAGCAUCUUGGAGUGGUUUUGGCCGGUGGACUGUUGGUAACCCUCUUUUACGCCUGGAAACCUGGAACCAGCACAACAGUAGAUAUUCGACAGAGGAAUCCCGUGAGGAAACUCUUCAUUGGGACAGUCGGAGAUGCUACUAGCGGGGCUGACAUUUCCUACAAGAUCAAGGAGAAAGUUGCAAGUCAUCUGGCUCAGAACACAUGCGUAUGCCUGCCUGAUGAAUCUUUCCACUUGCCGUUCUCCAAUUUUCUUUUCCCACGUGUGUGGGCGCACAACCUCAAUGAAGCAUUCUUGAAGUUCCAACGUGAUCCUGAAGGUGUGAAGCGCCUCAGAGCUCAGGAGUACAGUCACUUUCAGAAGAGGUCCUUCAGUUCAGCAGAUCUGCUUCUGGUCGCUGAGGCCAACAGUCCGCUUCAGUAUCCCACCCAGGGUGUGGAGGUCCGCCCCCUCAAAACAAUCAUCAUUCCUGGUUUGGGCCUUAAAGAGGCACCAAAGCCACAACAUACAGUGUCUCUGACAGCGACACUGGGUACCUUUGAUGUUGCCGCCACGGUGGAUUCAGUCUCCAUCAGAGGAGACGGAGAGGGGAACAUGACGCUGUCGAGUCCUCUUCUCCCCGCUCUGAACCGGCAGCUGCAGUUUGUCACCUACACCAACACUGUGUUCCAUCCCAAGACGGCAGACACCGUUCAGUUUUCAACCGGAGACCACAAAUCCUUUUUCACCAUCAAAGUGGGACACAGAACUGUCCCGAAGCUUUACAACUCAGGACAAGACAGAGAGUAUAAUAUCACUGCUCUGGUUACCAUCGCCACCAAGACCUUCCUGCGGUAUGACAAGCUCAAGGAUCUCAUUGACAGCGUUCGGCUCUUUUACCCCACCGUCACAAUUGUGAUCGCAGACGACAACGAACACCCUCAGCCCGUGUCUGGCCCUUACAUCGAACAUUACAUUAUGCCCUUCGGAAAGGGCUGGUUUGCAGGCAGAAACCUGGCGGUGUCUCAAGCUACCACCAAGUAUGUGCUCUGGGUGGACGAUGAUUUUAUCUUUACCUCCAACACUAAGCUGGAGCGGAUGGUGGACAUCCUGGAGACCACCACCCUGGAUCUGGUUGGCGGGGCAGUGAGAGAGGCAACCGGCUACACAGCCACAUUUCGUCACACCAUUUCAGCGGAGGAGGGCUCGGAGGAUGGCGAGUGUUUGCGCAUAAGAAACGGCUACCACCAUGUCAUCCAGGGAUUUCCUGACUGCGUGGUGGCCGACGCCGUCAUCAACUUCUUCAUGGGACGGACGGACAAAAUGCAGCAGACCGGCUUCGAUCCGCGCUUGUCCCGAAGCGGCCAUCUGGAGUUCUUCGUGGAAGCUCUGGGCUCUCUGCACAUCGGCUCCUGCAGCGACAUCAUUGUGAAUCACGCUUCAAAGAUCAAACUCCCCUGGACGAAGUCGGACUCACUAAAGGAAUACGAGAAGUUCCGCUACUCGUCCUCCAGCGGACAGAGUAACAUUCGGGAUGAAAUUUUCUACUUCAAGAACAGGUUCAAGUGCAUGAGUAGUCAGUGAAUCCCGGGCUCCAGCCUGAACUCGCCAGGCACUGAGGCUUUUUUUAUGACUCAACCUGAGUUUGCACGUUCCUCCUCUGCCUGUGUGGGUGGGUGUCCUACGUUCACUUGGUUGAAUCCAAAGACGUGGUUAUGAGGUUACUUGGUGACUUCUUCCACUUGGCGUUGCCUCAAUGGCUAACUGUUGUAAUGUUUUACUCGGAAAAUUGCAGAAACCUGAAUUGCUUGAAUUACACAGCCAGGAAAGUUUGUACUGUUCAGAUAUGUUUCUUUGUUUGAUGAUCAGGAGUUUCUAACCAGUCAAGUUUCUCUAUUGGAUUGGUUGAAUGUGAAUCAUUUAAUUUCCUUUUUUAUAUUCUUGUAUAGUUUAGUGCUGACUUGUUUCCUGCCUCAUCUUACCCAACUAGUCUGAAUGUUUUAAAAAUAUCCUGUUUUCACUUUCACUUCAUCUGAGAGCUUAAUUCUCCUUCUCCUUUCAAAUCGCAGACUGUGCUGGUAUCUGUCCCCCAGUGAUCCUGUCAUUGUCAGCAAUAUAACUGAAAAUUGCACUGCUCUGCAGCUUAAACAGGAACGAGUUUCCCGGUCAUUGAUGCUCAGCUGAUUCUGUUGGGAUUUCCUGAAAUUUGGCACCUGCACUCCCACUUAGAGAUGUUCUCUCUCAAGUUCCAGUGAUCAAAGGUCAAGGAAACAGCCCCCUCACAGUGGAUGUGUCGUGCUUGGAGCUUUAUCUGCGGUCAUGGGAGUUUCUGACUCAUGUCCUUGUGUAAGAUACUUCUGACUCAUGGAGGAAUACAGUGUCUGCAGCUUUGGAUAAGAAAUGAAUGAUAAAAGAAACGUCCGACAAACUGACUACUUUUAUCUGCAAUUCUUGUAGUUGAAAAUGCUUUUUUGUUAUCUUGAUCGAAUUUCAUUCUGUUUAUUAUGGUAAAUUGUUUUGUACUUGUUUUGUAUUUUUGCAUUGUGGGCACUUUUACAAGUUUACAGUUAAUUCUGGUGUGAAAAGAACGAAGGCAAGAAUAAUAAUAAUAAUUAUUUUGUUAUGAGAAAAUACCUUUGAAUCUUUUUAUUUUCUUAAGUCACUGUCGGCGGGCCUGCCCAACUAUGUAAAUGACUGCCCUAUCUGUCAGUGAUAAAGAAUCCUUUAAAAAAAUUCCUAGAUCCAGACAGUGAUCCGGAUCAUCACCAAAAUUUAAUGGAUUCUAAGUUAGCCCAAGACCCACCUUUCCACAAAGUUUCAUUGCAAUCCGUCCAUUACUUUUUCCGUAAUGUUGCUAACAAACCAACCAACCAACCAACAAACCGACAAACCAACGUGUUUACAUAACCUUCUUGGUGGAGGUAAUUACUGUUUAUUUCAAGUUAAAGACAUCACAUGCUAAUGCCUUGAUUAAAAAUUAGACAAUUGGCCAUUUUCAUUAAAUCGUAACUGACAUGGACCUUUGUGGUGCUUGGUCAUAGUAUACUGUAUGUAUUAAAUUGUAUUAUGACAAAUAUUUAGUGCAAAACCACUAGAAUAUGUACACGUUAUAUUUCCAAGGAAUAGCUUAUCAAUAUCGUGAAUCAGCAACAAAGUUUGUCUAAUUAUCAUUUGUUUUCACCAUUCAUUUUCUGCUCUUAGAGUUGGCACACAUGCUUAAUAUACAACAAAGUCAAUCAUCGACACUCUUUAAAGGAGUAGCUUUUGGACACAGUGCAGAGUUCAGAAUUUGUAUUUGUAUUUUAAUUUCAUUUGAACAAUGAGAUAUGAUAGCAUACAAGUGUGCAAAUGGUGCUUAUCAGCAGGAGGAAAUGUGCAGAAAGAGGAAAGUGGUAAAAGAUGAGUGCCGAAUGAUAAUGACAAGUUAUCGGUUACAUCUGUUAAUGUUGAGACACAAACAGAAGGCACUGCGACACCUCUCCUCUAAAGAAUUACACAGAAAUGUCUGUAUACUUUUGAACAUUGCUGGAGAUUCAUUUGUUUUUAAAGAUCAAGAAUAGAUAUGACGCCUGAGUAUGUAUAUGUCCUGAGUUGUAUAUUCCUAUCUUUAUUUUUUUUAAUUGCUUUCAGUUAUUUAAAAUCACUUUGCUGAAUAAUUCUUUUAUACAGAUCACGUUCAUUCUGCAUGGUAUUUGUCAUUAGUUUUAGGUUUUUAUCUACAUUUAAGUUUUUUUUUUUUUUUAAAGUUUCAAUCAAAUGAGACAUUAACUGUUGUAAACAAAGGUUCAGAUUCAGAGUUAAUAUUUUUCUUCCAACAAAAGAUAUAUUCAAGUAUGUAUUUAUAUUAAUUUAUCAUAUAUAUAGAUAUAGAUAUAGAUUAAUAUAUGUACUUGAGUUUAUAUAAUUUUAUUCUUUUUCAAUGUUUGUAGAGGGACAUGUUUCCAUGACACAAUACUGUGAUAUUAUAAGUUUAAAGUCUGAAUCUUGCAUUUCACUUUCAAUUGAGUUUUUCAUAAAUAGUCUCGACUGUGACAUAACGAAGAAUCCAACGACCCCACAUGAUCAAGCAUGGAUGACUGAAAUCAGACUCGCACUGCAGAUUGGUUGGCACAGCACAGAGAAUGUAUGUAAAAAUAAAAGUCAUAAAAAUAACCCUUCAAGUGGAGACUGUGUUUGCCGCCCUAAAUGAAGGCUUUUGUGAUGUUACGGCCAGCUCGUGUAGGAGAUGGGUGAAGGCAGUAACAUAAAAAUCCACAGAUAGUGAAGUGGAAAUUAAAGUUAUUUAUUUAUUUAUUUAUUUAUUUUUAUUUUUUUAUUUUACUUUAUUUAAAAAAAUCAUGGACUUCAGGUCCAGCCUUUUACCCCAACAGGUUUUAUCAGUG